CAUCUCUCCCGCCUCCGCCGCCUGAGUGCCGCAGCAUCUCCUUCUCCUGCUUCAUCUCCGACUUCGGCUCCUUCUCCGUCUCCAUUUUCGACUUCGGCUCCUUCUUCGUCUCCAUCUCCGGCUUCGGCUCUGUCAUAGUCUCCUUGGUGCCUUCGUCUCCAUCUCCGGCUUCGGCUCCGUCGUAGCCUCCUUGGUGCCUCAAUCUCCAUUGCGGCCUCCAGCUCCAGCAGGUUUAUUUUUAAUUUUGUUACAGUAGAGAACAAAUUUUAUUUUGGUGCUUAGAGAACAAAUUUCGCUCUAGGUUUUGGUGUCUAUUUAGAUUAAUUUCAGUCAUUUUAGUUAUUUUGGUUUAGUUCUCAAAUCAGUUCAUUACCGACCUCACCCUUGGGAAAAAUAUUCGUUGUAUAACAAAGAUAACGUGUUAUUUUGAUGAUUUGGCAUAAUAAUUAAGUGGAAAUCAGUUCUCUGUUGAACUGUUGUUUUGGAUUUUUUAUUUAAUCAUGGAAUAUUGAGAGGAAUAACUGAAUAACACAAGUAAUGGUAAACAUUGUGAUCUGUAUAUGUAUAUAUAAUAAAUUGAUAGUGAUAUAUGUAUAUAUGCAUUUUGAUGUUUAUUCCAAGUGUGUAUUGUCAUACCUUUUUCCCGGUUUUGCCUGUGAAUUUUGAAUCUUAUUUCUGUUUGGCAUUCUUAUUUCUGUUUGGCAUUAGGCCGGUCAGUGAUAUAAGCUCUUUUAGGUAGUUGUGGCAUUUUUGGCACUGGUUGGAUUUUUCUUGUCAUACGAAUAGUCAAAACAGCUAAAAUCUAAAAUCUAAAAUUUAUCUUUCUUUUUGGCAUUUUUGGCACUGUUUGGCACUUUUGGAUUUUUCUGUUUGGGUUUUCAUCUCUGCUUCUUUAUUUUUUAUCUUUCUUUUACAAAAAUCUAAAAUUUAAUUUUGAGAAUAACAAAUGAAUCAAAGUGCAUGGCCAGCAAAGAAGUUUGGAAUGAUGAUUAAUGGGAGGUGGUGCUGUGCAGUGCAGUGCGGUGCAGUGCCUUUCUUCUUUGCACAUUCUUCUUUUUGAUUUUGAUGAGUGAGUCAGAUGAGAAUGAGAGCAUUGAAGCAAGCAAAGUUAAAUUAUGGCAAUGAAACCUGCCUUAUAUGACAAUAAUAAUAAUCAUCUGAUUUAGCAUUGUUUUCUUGCUCUCUAAUAUUGCUAUUUUACAAUAAUAAUCUGUUUUUAUAAGAGGUAUGUUAAAUAACAAUAGGACAUAAUGGGUUUGAGCAAUUGAAAAAUUGAAGGAUGUUGCGUGUGCAUAGCUUGUAUCUGGUGAGAAUAUGUAUUAGAUUAAUAAUAAAUAUUUUAUAUUAUGGCAUAUGUGGGUAGAUGGGUAUAUUAUAUAAUAUAUUAGCAAGGAAAGGGGAAGCUAGGAGAGGCUGGGGGAAGUUGGAAAAGUUAAAUUGGGAGUGAAGAGGGUUCUUCGAAAUGCAAAGGGAUAUAUGGAUGUCAUAUGAUAUUGAAGUUUGUUAUAUUAAUAUAUAUGGGAAUAUGGCUUAAUUAAGAAGGGCAAUGAGAAAGAGAUUGACACACACACACACAUAUAUAUAUAUAAUUUAAAUUAUAGUGUGAACGUACUUAUAUAACUCAUAUAAUAUAAGAUAUUGGAGAACAGAUUUUAGGUGAAGUGUCCUAUACAUAAAUAUAUAUAUAUAUAACACAUAAUAUAUUAUAUAUUAAUAUAUUAUAAUAUAAGAUAAAAGCAAAAGAAAUGGUAGGUAAUAGGAUGGCGACCACAUUAUAUAUAAUCUAAUAUUAUGUUAUAUUAAAAUAUGUUAAUAUUAAAAAGAAAGUCAAAGGAGGAAAUUAAGUAUAUAUAUUAAAGAAGAAAAGAAAGCGGUAGUAAGUAUAUUUGGACCACAUUGAAAACAAACAUUAUAAUUAAUUAAGCAAACAUUGAAAUAAUAUAUGUUUAAUUAAAGUUUUACUUAGCUUAAUUUGUAACUUGUUCCGCUAGAACACUCUUAAUUCGAAAGAUGGGAUGAUUUGCAUAUAUAUAUAUAUAUAUAUAAACAGCAUGCAAAGGGUAUGUGGCAUUAAGUUAUAUUUUUUUUAAGGUUAAAAUGUUAAUUUGGUCUUUAUAAUAUAUUCCAAUAUCUCUAAUAUACCAAAAUAUAUAUACAUAUAUAUUCUUCAUAAUAUAAAAAAGAAUAUAUACAAAAGAGGAAACUUCAAAUAACUUUAUAAGAGGCUUUUAUAAAUCUGUUUGGCAUUGUUGUGCUUUGUUGUGAGUGCUGUGGUGUUCUAUAUUUCUUUGUGCUAUGUUGUAAAAGUAGUGUUAAUAGAAGCAGGGUGUAUCUAUUAAUGUUAACAGUAGCAGAGUGAGGUGUUGUAUCUAUUAAUGUUAAAAGAAAAUAAUAAUAUGGUGAGUUUCACUAUAAGAACUAGAAGUUGUUUUCCAAAAUGUAAUUUAAAAGCACAAUAAUACCAAUAGGUUUUAUAACUAAAAUUUGUGAUCUUUCAAUUACAAAGAACAAGGAAUUAUAAACUCUGGCCAUACAUGGAUCAUCAUCAUCAAUGUAUAAUGAAACAAGCUUAAAUAAGUUGGUGUUGUCUAAAUUAUGGUAAAUGUAUUGCUUAUACUUAAUUAAUAGUGUAGUGCAAUGCCUGUAUGUAUUAGAAGUAGAAGAGCAUCAAGUAAUCAUCAAUGUAUAAUGUAUUGCUAGUUCUAAUUAAUGUUGCAGCAGCAGUAACAGUGAUUUAAAUUUCCAAUAAUAAUAAUAAAAAUAAUAAUAUUUUCUUUAUUGUCUUGCUAUUAUGGAUGAGUACAAGAAAUUAGACUAACUUGAUUACUAAUGUUUGUUAAUCUAUUUGUUAAUCUAAAUAGACAACAAAAACUUAAUAUUGUGAACCUUAAUUUUGCAGAAACAGGACAACUUGAUUUUAAGAAAAAUUCUUAUUGCUAUAAGCUUUGAGGCUACUAAUAUUGUCACCCUUCUCAUUUCCAUUGCAGUGUUGGUUUGUUUUCAAAUCGUUGCGUUAUUUGGGAUUGUAUUUGCAUCGUAAGAGGUGUUUUAUGUAAGGGAAAUGGGGGAACCUAAUUGGUAUGUUGUUCAACGAUCACAACCUCGAAACUUUUAUGAUAUGGAUGCCUAUGAAGCCACUAGUGAUGAACCAUUUCAACAAAAUGAUCUAUCAAACAUUGGCCAAUGUUCAACCCAAGAUGCGAAUCUAAAUGACUGUGAGUUUUCAUGCCAUAGAAGUGACAUUCCGCUAGAGAUUGCAUUUGAAGAAGGGACAUCAAGACAAUGAAGGAAAAGAAUGUAUCCUUCAGUUAAGGGAAAGAGAAAGACUAGAGAAAGAAGGAAACAAAAACCAGUUUUAAGUGAUGAUGAUUGAUUGUUGGUUGAGCUCACAUGAAUUUCAGGUUUCUUGUGCUCGUAAUAAGUCUAAUCGGUCAAAGCAAACAAUGACUAAAACUACAGGCACUAGAAGUUUUGCUCGAGUUAGAGCUGAACAGGCUGAAAUAUUAGGACACGAACCGUCUGCAUGGGAAAUGUUCAAGGUGACACACAAGAAAAAAGACGGGUCAAUGGUUGAUUCCACAUCAAAAGAAAUAGUGGAAAAAAUUCAAUCUUUAGUAACCCAAAGAGCUGAGGAAGAACCUUCUCAAGCUAUUGAUGAAAAUGAAAUUUUUUCUGAAGUAAUGGGAAGAGAAAGACAAGGACGUGUUCGUGGGUAUGGAUUCGGACCAACUCAUUCUUCUGUCCUUGGAAAGAUUCCAUCUCGUCGUGAGCUUGUUACAGAACUAGAACAAAUGCAACAGCAUAAUAAUGGUUUGAAAAAUGAAAUGCAACUUUUGGAAGAGAAAAAUGAAGCAUUGUCGACAAAAUUGGACCAAGUCAAAGAAAGGCAAUCAAUUUUUGAAGCUUUUAUGGAAGAUGUUAGGGCAUGAAAGAUUAGAAAUAACAAUUGACUAGACUUAAUUGUUUGAUUUUUUUUUUUUAUGUAAAGUGUUAGAUGUCUUUUUUUGAUGACAAUGUGAUUGUAAAUUGAUAGAUAUCUUUUUUUGAUGACAUUGUAAAUGUAAA